AUGGAGGCGGUCAAUAGCUACAAGCAUGGGGAGGAAGACGAAGCAGCUGUAGUGGCAAUGGCCGCUUGCGGUGCUUACAUGCUCCCGAUGGCUCUGAACGCCGCCGUUGAACUAGACGUAUUCGAGAUCAUCGCCGCCGCCGGAGACGGAGCCCGACUCUCGUCUUCCGAUAUCGCCUCUCGGUUCCCGACCGCCGCCGAUGGUACAGCCGUCAUGCUCGAAUCCAUGCUGCACAUGCUGGCAGCUCACUCGUUGCUUAUUUGUUCUGUUGAGAAUGGCGGCGGUGGUGUACGGCGGUACGGGAUUGCUCCGGCGGGAAAGUUCUUCGUGAGGGACGAGAGCGGCGCGUCGAUGGGUUCCCACUCUAUUGUAGUAAUGAAAAAGGUUGUUAAAACCUACCAAGGUUUCGAGGGUUUGAGUUGUCUAGUCGAUGUCGGAGGUGGCACCGGUUCCGCUCUAUGUACUAUCGUUUCCAACUACCCAUCUAUUCACGGCAUCAACUUCGAUUUGCCCCACGUCAUCAAAACGGCGCCGUCGUACACCUCCAUUGAGCAUAUUGGUGGAGAUAUGUUUCUCGAAGUACCGAAAGGAGAUGCCAUUUUGUUAAAGUUUAUACUGCACAAUUGGGGUGACGAGGCAUGCGAAAAUCUGUUGAAGUGUUGCUACAAAUCACUGCCAAACAAAGGGAAGUUGAUCGUGAUGGAUUAUAUAAUGCCACACACGCCUCAAACCGAUAUUCAUGCAAUGUACGCCUCUCAAAUGGACCUUGGGAUGACGACUAUGCUUGCAGGAAAAGAAAGGACAAGAGACGAGUUUGAAGUCCUUGCAAUGAAAGCCGGUUUUGCGGGGUUUAAGGUUGUCUGCUACGUUUAUGGGAUGUGGAUUAUGGAGUUCAUUAAGUCGGCUUAA